UGUCAAUUCCGAAAUUCCAUAAAAAUAACCUCCAAAUCAAAUUAUUAUUAAAUAAAAGCUUUAAAAAACUGAAAUAAAUAACGAGUGAAAAAUGCGGAUAAAUCCCAUUCUUUUCACGGCGCCUUCCAACAAAAGUGCCAGAAGACCUCAAAGGGAACCCGUCCCUUUUCAAAUGCUCCUACCACUUCGGCUGAAGAAGACCGUAUCUGGCAAAGGGGAUAAGCUCAAAGAAGCUGCUUGUAUGCAGGAAAUGGCAGUCAUGUUCGCAUGCUUUAAGAAAUCCGAGUUCGAUCAACAACAGUGCUUGAAAGAAGUAUCGGCAUUUCAAAGUUGUUAUAAAGACUACAACGAAAGAGCAAAGGUACAGAGAGAACAAGGCAAGAAAGGUAUACUUGUACCUGGUGAAAAGAGCCUCACUCAUAGACAAUUGAAUCAACUUUUAAAAUCUUUUCCUCCUAAAGUGUAAUCUAUUUUAUCAUGUAACUUUUAAGUACUUAGUGUAAAUAAAUUAUUAAUAUAGAAUGUU